UUUGUGACACUAAGAGUACCAAGAGCGACAGAGUCCUGGAAAUCAGCAGUGCCUCUGACCUUGCUGCCCUUUCCAUGGAUUUACAUUUGGAGUUGCUGGUUUUUCAGUACAGACUUGGUCUCAAACUAUCUGAUUCUUGGACAGAUGAGAUGAGUUUGGCGGAGUUUAAGAAGUCGCAUACUAUUUCAUCACAGACCUCAGAAACAAAUAGGCCUACAGGAGACUCUGCGGUACUUGAAAAAAUCAAGAAGAACAAAAUCUAUAAGUGUGUUUUCCUAGUGCAGAAAGCCCUGUUGGCAUUCAGGAAAAACCAGAUGAGCCGAGAACCCAAGAAAAUACUUGAGGAGGCCAUAACACUAAUGGAAAAAGCUGAGCUUGAAGAGAGGAGGCUAGUUAGUUGUGCUUAUCCAUCAGAGAAACAUUUAGGAAUGGCAGAGAAGAGACAGCCACCACCAGCCCCGAUACUCCUCUCACGCUCCAACAUUUCCAUGACCUUUAAACCUGCACCAUACUCCCUGGAGGAGGAGGUUAGAUGGUACUGUAUCUAUGGAAGAGAAGCAGAAGGUGUCAACCUAAAAGUACGACUUAAAGACUGCUACUUGUGUGGGACUGGAGAUAUGAUUCCUGCCAGAGGCGAACGUUUACUUCACGUAGAUGGGUUGGAAUCUAAUAAGAAGUACAUUUUUGCGGUGGCUGCUUUUAAUGCUCAGGGCAAAAUGGUGGGGGGUGCCAUUGGAGAGACCACCAGGCCUCUACUAGCUUCCCUGCCUCUACCACUACUAACAACCUGGGCCCACAUAGCUCAGGUAGCUUAUCAGACAAGACUCUACUCCCUUGCCAAAAGAAGUUGUAACGAGCUUUGGAGCCACUUUACUUCUCCAAACUCAAGUCACGAGGUUCCAGAGCCAGAACAAGACGCACGUCUUGAAAGACUGGCUCAAACAAGACUCCGCCCAGAGAACCUGCAGCUUUCUUCUCCUCUCCUCCAGCAGCUGUUUUUUUUCACCAUCUUCAUCCAGACAGAUAUUGACAUUCAAGAAGGGGCACUAUUCUGUGACAGUCUCUGUGAUGGAGGGCCUUUGAUCUGGGGCCAGGAGGCCAGGCUUUCAGAGUGUGAACGGAUGUUGGUGGCCAUUGAUCUUGCUCUGCACCUCAAUGACAGCGGUGGAGCCCUGCAGGCUGUAGUGACCUGUUACGGCCUUCUCACUCCGUUAAUCUUCAACCAGAUCUCUUCUGAGCCUGUCAUAGAGGUGCUGUUAAAGUGCUUUACGGUGCUUCUGGAGAUUCCAGAGGUCCUUAAGCAGAAACGGCCUUUUGCCACCACAGAGUCCCUGCAACACAUGAUCGCUUGUAUGACAUAUUAUCUAGCCAAGAGCUUGAGCUCCUCUCAGGGGAGUCGUAUGGCAUCAUCGGUGUUUGAGCUGGGAAUAAAGCUUCUUCAGGAGAUCAAUGAGCCCCCACAGCAACCUGCCAAAAAAACAUCAUCAGUGGAGCUGGACGGGAAGAAGGCUGCUUCCAUCCAUGAUGUGGGGCCAAGCAGGCAGCUAAAUGUUUUAGAGGCCAUUGCCACGAAAACCAUGCAUACAGAAACAUUAGGAAACCACGAUGUCACAUCCUGCAACAAUACAGGGUCUAAUGGAUGUGAGCUUACUGGACAGGAAGACCCUGUUGUACUCUACAUGUUGAUUGAAAACAGCCCCCUCCAGCAUGCAUUUAAAGAGGUGAUGAAAUUCAAGCAGAAAUCUUGUUUUCUGGAGUUUGUUUCGCGCUUGCUCCAGAAAGCCCUGCUAGAAGGUGAACUGGAUCUUGUGUUGCAGUGGGAGCAGAACAUCUUGAACUGGCUUAGCAGACGUGAUGAGGCUUUGUUUGGGCUAAAGAAGAGCUCAGGUGUACCAGGGGAUGAGUUUAAAGGCUUCACAACUUCUGUGAUUGAAUAUAAUACCAAAAAACAAAAAGAUGGCACAUUUUGGGAUGGCAGGAAGUUGCUACAGAAGAAACUUCUGGUUGCAUUCAAGAGCCAAAACUCUCAAAAAGAGCUCAGAGCUGUGGAUGCCCUGCUAAAUAAUCUGGCAACUCUUAUCAGAAGACAUCAGUGCCGCUGGAAGCUAAGGCAGAUGCGCUCUGAGGAUUCACUGUGGCGUUGCCAUGUGAAUCUAAGUCUGGCAUGUGCUCACCUAGGCCUGCUGAGGAGGAACCUGGUCCCACCAAAGCUCUGCUUCAGCCAUCUUUCGCAGUCUCUCUUUUCUCUGGCUCACUGUGGAAUGCUGAUUAUGUGGAAGAAUAUUCCACAGCACAUCAGGCCACCUGAACUGACUCUGCAACAUCCCAAAGUUUUACUCCAUCCUAGACACCAUGCUCAUAAAAAGGAAGUGAAGCACAAAGUUAAAGUUACUAAUCACAAAGAACCAAAUAGCAGUGACGAGGAGAUCAGCUCUGCAGAAAGUGACACUGAAGGUGGAGUGAACUUAGAGAACACCCACUGCCCUAAAGCUCAUCAAACCACGUCUCAGUUACUGGACACACUCAACAAAGCUUCUGUACACAUGCGCAGAGCCAUGGUGCUGGCACAUCGCUGGGGUCACUGGACAACUUUACAAUGGGCAUGUCGGACUUUCUGGGACCAAUCCAACACAUUGGCGUUGAUGAUAGAGCAAACCCAAGGCCCUGAUGCCAAUGCCAGACAGCUGAUGAUAGAGCAGCUAUAUGCAGUGAUCACUCCCCUACUAUUGCUGGCUUCAGAUCUUCUCAUGGACAUGAUGGACAAGCUGAAGCUGUGGAGUGUUUAUGAUGAUCAAGAUGUAGAGCUUGAGGCCAGCCUGAGCUUUUCUGGCCCAGUGGAUGACGUGACAGUUAUAGAUUUGCGUUGGCUGAAGACUCUGGUUCUGCACACAUUAGAGCUUCUGUACUAUCAGGCCAAGUGGGAGAAUCUGGCUUACCUUGCCCUACUUUUCAAUGCAUAUACUCGGGAGCGCUACUCUCAUAUGAUAACACCUGUUCUGGUGCAUGCGCAGAGGAAGUUGUUGGACAGGAUCAGUUGUUUCGGGGGCCCUCCAGCCCCUCAGCCUCACUUCACCUACACUGAAAUGAUCUCUGGAGAGAAGGUGACAUGCAGGAAUUAUGCAAGCAGACAGUUACUGUGUCCCUGUGGAGGGGGUCAGAUUAUGAUCACUGACCCAGAGAAACUUUUAGAUGUGAAGAGAGCCAUGUGCCUGGUGUGUGUACCGCUGGAUGUAGAGGACACACUGCAGUGUUUCAGAGAGACUCUAAAGGAAAAACAUCACACACUGCUGACCUUUCAGCACAGCCGAACUCUACUCCUGCUGCUACUGGCGAACACGCAGCAAUCAUAUGUUGAGGUGCCAUUCUCUAAAGAAAACAGCAGUAUUCAGCAGGGAAAAGUGGAAUUCAGCAUGGCAGCCGGCACCCCGCCAGGCAUCAGCCCUCCAGACCUGUCUGCAGAGGACUUCAGCUCUCUGGGCUCCAUCUACAGCACCACCCUGCCUGCAGCACACAUCCAGACUGUUUUCUCUUCCUACAACAAUUCUAUUAAAUAUCUUCAAGCAAAUAAGUACAGCUCUCUUCAGGUGCAAGCCCUCCAUGACCUUGGAAAUCUGCAUUUCUACAAUGGAAAUCGAAAAUCGGCACACUCUUUCUGGAGUAAGGCUUUGGAUAGUGCUCUGCAAAGCUCUGGAGUUUUGGAAUCUUGGGAUGGCGACUCGUGGGGAGGCAGCUCCUCUCAGGAAACCCUGCGGCAUGCUGGGAUAUGGGGCUGUCUUCAAGGAGCAUUGCUUUCAGCCAAGAUUGCACAGCACAUCCUGACUUCCAACAUCGAUCAGCGCACAAAAUGCUGCCUUCUCUCUGGAAAACUCUUCAAGUGCCUGUUGAUGGCCUCGAUGCCCCAUCCAAUAAUUGACCUGUCCUACUCCACAUACUCUGUGGAGACGGAGCUGAUACCAGGUAUUGACCUCUUCUCUGAGCCAGAUCGAGGGAAUCUUGGCACCACUGUUGCCAGUUUGUCUUUUCUCUGCCACUGGCUGUAUACCUCAGGACACCUUCUCAAGGUUCUUCCUGUACUGGCUUUGUACCUGUAUAUUGCCAGAACGGUGUGUCGGGAUCUACACCUCACUGUCAAAUGCAGAAUACUUAAGGUAAAGGUACUGACAGAGUUGGGGGCUUUCACUCAGGCAUUUAAAGAACUCAGCAGUCUCACAUUUGGCAGGGAAAUGCCUGUACCCCAUGCAGGCCAUCACAGAGUGGAGAAGCCAUCCUGGACAAAAGGAAUAUUUAAUGAAGGGAAACCGCUGUUGGAUCCUUCCAAUCUUCUAGUUUUGGAGGAUUUUUUUAACAGGAGGCCAAGUAAAGACAUCAUGGAUCUUUAUGGCUCAAAAUUGACCAGGCAGCUCCUGAUGGCCAGAGUUCAUCUCAUCUUGGCUGUAUGUAGCACUAUUCAUGACCUGCCUGAGCCACUGAGACCAGAGUUGUCUGAAUCGCAGGAGAAAUGCUCCAGUACUUCCUGUUUGCCUGAUGUCUCUAGCUUUGACGAGUCCAAGAGUCUCCAGCUCAGUGCCAGGAAACUCACAUUAGGAGAAGUCAAGGCCAUACUUCUAAAAGAAGCAAAUGCUUUGGUUGGUCCAGAGCUCUUUACCCCAUGUCCUUUGAGCACUGAUCCUGAAGAAAUGGAGCUGGCAGUGGAGAUCAGACUGUUAAUGUCCAAUAUCAACAUGCAGCAGGGCAGAAUGUCUGCCAGUGCAGAUCUGUCAGUGUCUGCUUUGAGGCUCCUUCAGAGGUCUCCUGUAUUUCAAAGUGACUUCCGCCCAGUGCCUCCUCCCGGACCACCCUCCUCUGCUCUCAGAAGACCCAGAGGCAAAGCACAUCAGACAAGCUCCCUGGAUGCAAAGUCUGUUCUCCAUAGCGGAGAUGUUCCAGAAGAAGUGGAAGCAAGAGAACGCAUGGAUCUCCUCUUCUGGCUGCGCUGUAGGUUGGCGGUAAUUCGCUCCCUCGUAGGCCAUAUUCCUGGAACUGCAAUCUGCUCUGGUGCGGACAGCAGUGCAGAGGCUCUUCGACUGCUGAAAGAGGGCCUGGAGGAGGCAGAGGCCUGGGGAGACCCUGACACUAAAGCCAUGCUGCUCUUACAAGGUGUCCAACUCAACACACAUCGUGGAAGACCCAGAGAAGACAGUACGUCCAUGCUACAGGAGAUUGUGAGCUUGUUAUCUGGGCGCAGUGCACUUCCUCUGUGCUCUCAAAUGACUCUAGCUGAGGCUGUGUUACUUCUUAGUGAGUUGAGAGGAACAGGAAGCCAGACUCUCCACCUGCUCACGCAGAAACUACUGCAGCAACAGCUCUGUGCCUUUGGAGAGUCCAUAGGUGUCAAAAAAGGAGGUCAAGUGGAACUACUGUCUCGCCUGAAGAAUAUUUAUCUUCCACAGCUUCCCCUGCUGGCAAAGACAACCAUGCAGAUUGGUCACUUUUUGGCAUUGCAGGCUUUGUCAAAUUCCUCUGAGGAAGGCAAGGAACCCUGGAGUUCCUUAAUAUCUGCUCAAGAAGUUCUGCAGUCUGCGCUCAGCAUCUCUCAGGCCUCUGCAAACAGAGACCGCAAGCUGGAGGCUGAUAUCCUCUACUGUACAGGAAUGGUAGGCAAACAUCUCAUUUCCAUGCAAAAAUCUGAUCCCCAAAACGUCCUAGAGGCCUUUUUUGGGUGUUUAACCUCAUUUAAUCCUAUUCUUAGCCAAAGUUUGCGAUUGACACAUAGUUGCUACAUGGAAAUGGCAUUGAUAUACUUGCAAGAUAUCUCGUUCUUUGAAAAUCUGACAACAGCACCUGACGAGACCAGAAAGGAAACAGUCAAAGAGACCUGCCUUCUGCUUUGCUGGAUUUGUUUGAGAGUAGCUUUAAAGACAUCAGAAGUUAUUGGCAAAUGUGAUCCUUUGCAACGAUUCACAGAGCAAACUGAAGGCCCUGUACCCAUUUCCUCAGUAAAAGUCCUGCCUGACUUUGCAUUGAAUGAUCUCUUCCAUCCCUGUGGGGGGCUAGAAACUGCUGGGAACUCAAUCUCCAGUCCUGAAGCAUUCAUGAAUGCUGAGGAUGAGAUUAACAGCAUGAAAUGCCCUCAGCUGACCUGGGUUCAUAUGUCCCGCUACUACAUGCACUUAAUCAACCUGCUACAGGUCUCUUCACAACCAGGAGCAGUGCAGGGUGUUUAUGGGCUGUUGUCCAUGUCCGGUGAUCCUAAACUCGCUCUCAGACUCUCUCAGUUACACACCUUCUUUAGUCAUCACCAACCCUCUUACAGAGAGCAGUGGGCCGUUCCUGAUCCCCCUUCAACUUUAAUACUGAAGCAUCAGAGAAUACAGCAUAACCAGCCAUUGUCAGAUCUUUACCCCUGGGCCAGCACUGACAUCCAGGAACUGAUCAUCCAGUGGUACAGACCCACAUCAGACGACAACACGAUUCUGCUUCUCUUCGCUGUAAAUAAUUCUCCUCUAUCAGCAAUGAGCCCUAUUUCAGACGCAGUGGCAGCACUACAGGCUGGACAAAGAGCAGUCUGUUUGGACAGGCUGAAAGCUGUUCAUGCCCUGCUGAACACAGCAUGUGUGGAGGCUGAUGGGCAUGUUUCACCGUCCACCAGCUCAGUCUCCUCCUUUAGCCCAAAAGAAGAAAAGGAGCAGAAGAGAACGACUACACCCACCCCUCGCCGACAGGGAAUGCUUUUGGAGAAAACUACAGAGAUAUGCUCUGAAAUCAGGAAUUUACUGAAGUCUGAUUUCAGUUUAGCACCCAUCACAGAGAUGCCCUUUGACCCAAGCAAGCUGACUCUUCAGAGCCUGGAACGCUGCUUUAAUCAUGCAACAGGUGGCACACUGCAAGAUACAGCCCUCAUAACGUGGCUUCUCUCUCUUCUGUAAUAAAAAACACAGCCUUGAUCUGCUCUAAAAAAAAAAAUCUGUUUUAUUUAACACUAAAUAAAGAAGACAGCACAAAAA